CAUUUCCCAACUUCUGUGAACGCAGCAUAAGUCGUCACCCAGAGAUGACGUCCGCCAAACAGCACAGUUAAAAACCCCAUUGGAAGCGUCUUCAGAUGAUACAUAAACCAAUUUCAGAACAAAAACGAUAAACAUAAGCUACCAACAGUAAUUAUGUCUGUGAAUUAUGCAGCUGGGCUCUCGCCGUACGCAGACAAAGGUGUUUGCGGACUUCCUGAGGUGUUUGAUAGUCCUGAGGAGCUGAAAGCGAAGGUGGAAACCCUUGCUCAGAUGAUAAAAGAAUCUCAGUACUUGGUGGUCCACUCUGGAGCAGGAAUCAGCACCUCAGCAGGAGUCCCUGACUUCAGGGGUCCAAAAGGUGUGUGGACACUAGAAGAAAAGGGCGAGUCACCUCACUUUGACACCACAUUUGAAGAUGCCCGGCCCAGCUUGACUCACAUGGCCCUGCUGGGACUGCAGAGGGCCGGCUACCUCAAGUACCUCAUCAGUCAGAACGUGGAUGGGCUACAUGUCCGAUCAGGUUUCCCCAGGGACAUGUUAUCAGAGCUUCAUGGAAACAUGUUUGUGGAGGAGUGUGCGAAGUGCGGCAGGCAGUAUGUCAGAGAAAAGGUGAUCGGUGUGAUGGGGCUGAAGCCAACAGGGCGUUACUGCGACGUGAUUCGCUCCAGAGGACUCAGAGCCUGCAGAGGGAAGCUGAUCAGCACCAUACUGGACUGGGAGGAUGCUCUUCCUGACAGAGACCUGAAUAAAGCAGACGAGGCCAGCAGGCGAGCCGACCUGGCCCUGACGCUCGGCACAUCCAUGCAGAUCAAACCCAGUGGAGACCUUCCGCUCCUCACCAAGCGUAAAGGAGGCAAAGUGGUUAUUGUCAACCUGCAGCCUACCAAGCAUGACAAACAUGCAUACCUGCGUAUCCAUGGUUACACGGAUGAGGUAAUGAAACAGCUGAUGGAGCUCCUGGGAUUGGACAUCCCAAAGUGGGAGGGUCCAACUGUCUGCGAGAGCUCCAUCACCACCUCCACCGCUGAUGUCAAACCGCCACAUGGUGCAGUUACUCCCAAGAAGAAGGUGAAAAUCAUUAAAGAGGAGAGGAAACGAGAAGCAGUGCAACUAACACAGGAAGGGAGUGUUAAGGAGGACACAGUUUCAGUAAAGAGAGAAAGAGCAGAUUCCCCUGUGGGGGAUAAAUGAAAAAAAAUGGCCUAGGAUACUUUUUCUAACACAGAAGAGAGAUUGCCCACAAACAAACGAUACAAGCAAGUAUGCUGGGUUUGCUCAGUUACACGCAGGAUGGAGGUUCUUGUCUAACACCCUCUGGAGCAAAGACUCUGUAGUGUAGUAUAGUGUAGUGGUUUUGUUAAGUCCAGAUUUCUCACCCUCCCCUUGCAGCCAGGACAAGCAGUGAUGUGCAACUGAUUCCUCACUUUAGGUGGAUGUUGGCUUGGAAAGCUUUUCACAGUAAUUUCACAUUAAUCAUUUACCAGUGCACAGCCGGUGAUGUAAAUGUUCAUCCCACCAUGAUGAGGACAUAGCACAGGAGAUCUUUUUGCAUGAACUUUUAAGUGGACAACUGUUGCUCUUACAGACAGGAUGAGAUGAGAUCUGGAACAUGCAGUUAUAAAUAAAGCCUUUAAUAAGGUACGUAAGGUUGCCGCACCUUAUUAAAGGCUUUAUUUAUAACCAGGUGCUCCAGAUCUCAUUACUACACAUCUUUGCCUUCAAAGACACCUUGAUACUUAUCAAUUCUGGAUAUCUAAUGAGCUGAUGGAAAAUUUUAGAUUAAGCCUGAUUCUUAUUUUUAAAGUGUGUUACGUGAACACACGUCUCUCAAGUUUAUAAUUCUUUGUAUAACAUUUCCUGACAACAAUUGUAAUUUCAUGUUGUUUUUUUUUCUUCAAAAGCCAUGGCUUCUCUUAAUGUGCAAAAGAUUUCUGUUCCUCUAGUGAGAUGUAUAAUGCUGUGUGUUUGUUAAAAAGGGCACCUACUGCAGAUUGGCUGCCAAUGGACCAGAAUCACGUCUCUAGGAAAUGUUUUUUAUCUCAGGAAAAAAAAUCACCGUACUCCAGAUAAUGGCGUUUUACAGUUUUUUACACGUUUCAGCAAUAAACAUGGUAAGUUCCUGUUAGAACCUCCUGUGUACACAUGGUUUGUAUGUGAUCUGAUUCAUGGGUGGAGCCAGGGGAUGACACUUCAGGUGGCAGGUGUCACCACUACCAGAGUCAAAAUAUCAUACUUGUCAGUAUGAAUGAAUGAAAAGUGACAAACUAUGACAAAUUGUUGACUUAAAUACAACCUUUUUUCUGGUGCUUUAUAAUUGAUCUUGGUUAAAUUGGUUUACUUUUUAUAUUUAUUUAAUUUUAUUACCCUUCUCUGUGCCCCAGCGUGGCCACCCCAUAUGAUUUUAUUUAUUUAUUUUUUGAUUGGCCCCUGGUCUAGUUGCAACUUUAUUAACUGGUGUUGGUUCAAAUGAGAUAAUAAUAUAUGUCUGUGCAUUUGUCCUGGAAACUCAUCAACAUCUAUAGACGCAGUUUAAAAAUGUCACUAUGCAUCAUUGCAUUGUGGCUGAACAUGGUAAUCAAAUCUACAUUGUCACUGAGAAGAGGAGAGAUCCCCCCCCCCCUUAUUAUUUGAGAGAUCGGACCAACUGGCUGUUGAGCCUCAGACCUCCUGGACUGGGACGAGCUCCAACAUGCAUUUAAAAAGUCUCAUCAGUCCAUUAUACAAGAAAAAUCUAAACUCAUCAGAAAUUGUCUUCCUCAGAUAGAGGCAGAUUCAUAGUUUUAUUUUGCCCUUAUGUCAAAUUGAAAGAACUGCUGUAAAACUUCAGAGUAUGGCUGGAAGUUAAAAAUGUCAGGGUGAUCCAUCAGACACUGUUUUGAUGCUCUUAUACUCAAAACUUGAAUUCUAGUCAGAAUAAAAUAAUUACCUCUAACUGGGAAGUAAAAUGUUCAAACUUGAGCUGUUACUGCUGAGUGAGUAGAUUUUCUCACAAGUUUUCUCUUUGUCCUGAUUCGCAGUAUUUUUAAUUGGACUGCCACUAAGACUGAACCUUUUCAUUCUCACAUGAGAGCAAUGUCAGUCACUUUGAAAAUGUUCUAAUAUUGUGCAGGUGCUUUUUGAAAAUUAGGUUGUCUGUGCUCUUUUAAGACUUUUGCAUUUUAAUUACAAUAUAUCUGAGUGAAAAGCUGCAAAACAGCACUAACAUCUGCAUUCACAUUCAUCACCACAGGUCUUGAUGGAGAUUAUUCUCCUGAGAAAGGCAAAUUUUGAUUGGGCUGCAGCGCAGUGGCACUUGGGUGGAGCCUAAAUGCUCAAAACGUUGACCUUAAAUUGAUGCCAUGAAAUGUUUUUGUCUGAACUUAAUGGUAACAUCACAGGUCAGUGUGUUUAAUAUUUCCUUUUUUUAUUGCCCAAAGAUCAGGGCUGUGAUUACAAGUAUCUUAUCUCAUGAGUUGAUGGAAAAAUAAAACUUGCAGUCCCAUAAAACUGAAGAGAAAAACAGGUUUUGAUUGUUGAAUUAUGGGUGCUUAAAAAAAAAUCCACACGAGCAGAAAAGUGGACUGGACCAGCAGGUAAAAUCUGUGUGUGUAAAAACUGCUCAAAGAUCUGCAGAUCAGACUGGUUGUACCGGGCAGCUUCUGAGUGUGAAUAUUUAUGACUCCAUUAAGAAUUAGAGGUUGCCCCUGAUGGUUAGAGCCUUUGGUGUGAGUCAGCGCCGCAGAUGGUUGCCUCGGUUCUGUACUGGAAAC